AUGAAUCCAGAUCCGCCAUCAAUUGGCGAACGCAGAGGUCAUCGACUCGCGCCCCUACAGACCAAUUUCAGUCGACCAGCUGCUCAAAAACGGGUACAACGCCCACGGCCAACCGAGUAUCCAAGUACCAAUGGAUCAGAAGGUCCCGUUCCGCUUCAGUCCCACGUUAAACGGCAGUCCUCUAAAACGAGUCUGCGCAAUCUCUUUGGUCAUAAGUCUUCGCGCGCAGACCCCAAAUUGGAGGAGAUUAUGGAGGCACAGCCAGAACCUCAAACUGCCAUUCUCUUGGAAACCGCCCUGUCGCCCUCUACUAUGAGCCCCCGAACUAUAGACUCCAAUCCCACCAUUACCUCCCCGACAAUUGCAUCCGCGACAGAACGAUCGCGCGCGACAUUGAAGUACACCCGUUCGAAACCCGAACCCGACCCUUCGAGCCAGGAACAGUAUGGCUGGAAGCCUCCCCCAUUAUUCCAGGCCUAUCCCCAAUCCACCAAGCAUGACUGCCUCCCUGCACCCGCUCUCUCUGCAGAUUCUAUCUUGCGCCUGCACGCUACAACUACAAGGAGCUCUACUGACGACAACCCUGCCAAUCCGUUAGAGCAGGAUGAGGCUGCCGAUGCCGCUCGUAAAAAGCGGGAACAAAAGCAAAAAAAGCAUCUCCGGACACUAUCUGGCACCAUCAACAAGGCGGAUUGGACUCAGAAAGUAUAUGUCCUGGCUACUACCGGCUAUAUUCUCCAAUAUGCAGGCGAAGGAAAGCACGACCGUCUUCCCGAGAGGAUGCUGCUGUUAGGACCUAAGUCUGUCGCAUUUGCUAGUGACGCUAUCCCCGGGAAACAUUGGGUAGUCCAGGUCUCUCACAAUCCGACAACUGAUGAUUCCGCCGUACCGGAGCCUCCCAAGCAUCGAUUCGCGCGCUUUGGCUUCCACAAACAUACUAGCCGGCGGUUUGCGCGCAACUUUCUUUUGGUGUUUGACAAUCCCGAAGAUAUGAUCAGCUGGUUAGCGGCUAUAAGAGCUGAGAUCGAAAAACGGGGAGGACGUAAAUUCACGCAAGAGAAGCAAUCGGACGAAGACACAAUGCCUCAGCUGCGGUCCAAAUCAAGCGUUCGACAAAUGGUAAAGAAAGAUCCCCAUCGCAUUUCCAGUCUUUUCCUUCAGCCUCAGACCCUCCAAUCGCCCGCCGAGGACGAAGAUGGCCAGUCUGUCGGCGGUGCCACAUGGCAAUCUCGCCGCAGUUCAUAUGUGUCGGUUAAUCGUCGCUCAAUAAUUGAAUCUCGAUCCGGAUCGGUGUCGACUGGCCGAACCGACGCCACAAAUCCUACCAACGGCUCUGCUUCUGUCGUGUCUGACAUUCAUUCUUCAUCAUUCACUUCUUCGAAUAUACCCAACUCGCCGCCAUUAGGUACCGACGCUUUCAGGCCUGAUGAGCCUGUGCCGGAAGAGCUUGACCGAGUCUACACGCGCACCCCGCCCGCUUCUGUCCAUGGAAAACGACAAUCCUUAUAUGUUCCCCUGCCAUCUCAGCCUCCCCCUAUUGCCGACUUCACAGAGGAGCCACAAGCGCAUCACCCACCAGCUAUUCCCGAAGCUCUCAUUCGCAGCGCUUCACCUCCAGCGCCUAAUUUCAGUGUCCCCUCCUUUAGCAAGAAAUUUGUUCCGCGAUCCGGGCCGAUCCCUGUCUCUCAUGCCUCUCCCCCUUCAUCACUCAAUGCCUUUUCUCGUCAUGUCGACACCGACCCAAAUAUAUCCGCCUUUGCAUCUCCUCCGCAAUCUCCAACAUUCAGCGUCGCUAGUUCGCGCUACACAGAUUCAUCAGAGCCCAAGCGCAUACUACGACCCUCGAAUUCAGAGGAUGCCCUGACCAAAGCCGUUCGUUCAGCACAGAAUGCCAAAAACUUUUCCCGGGCACCCAGCACAGCGCCUCCUACGUGCCCUCUACCUGAUCCCAGAGCAUCUUCCCGUCCACUCAGCCUGGUCGGCCGCCCUAGCAUGAGUCGGAAAGGCGCCUCUGCAUCACAGGUCCCUCCACCAGCAGAUCCAAUACCGCGCAAGAGAGUCUCCACUAUGUACCCGAACAACCAGGAUGGUCCGAGCAUGUUGCGGCGCAAGAGCAUGCCCGGUCUGGGAUUAUCAAUCGGGCCUCCAUCUGCACCACCCCCCAACUGCCCACUCCCUAAGCUCCCUCCACCCGCCCGUCCUACCGUCAAUACCACUAUCCCUACUGCUUCCACCGGCACGACCGCGCCGCAGAUGCUAUCCCCCUGGUCUGCAGCGUCCUCAACGCACCGAUUCUACGGCUCCCAGCCAGUGCGUGAUCACGUUGAAGAUCGCAAGAGCGGUGCCGAUCCCGCAAACAGUGACCCAGCAAGCAACAUCUCACGAACUGCCCGACACUCAAAACUGAUCAAGAGCCCCGUGGUCUAA